GGAAGGGUCUCUCUGCAUCACAUUCAACACGUGGCCAAUCCUGCUGGUGCAGACGAGGAGGCAGCCCAGUGACUGAGUAGGAAAUGAGGGGCGGGGGGCACACGCUUGGCAGGCUGCGAGCGCCAUGGGCAGAGUGAGGAACCGCGCGACUGCUCGGCGGCGGAGGCGAAAGCGUCCCAGGGAUUCUCCCGCCGCCUGCGCAGCCAUCGCGGUCAUGGGCGCCAGCCGCCCGCGGUGUCCCCGUGUCCAAGUCGGGGUCGGGGUCGGGAGCCAAGCGGCCGGGAGGGAGCGGGCGGCGGCCAAGAGGUGGCGGGGAAGGUCGCGGCGGAAGCGCUGGUGGCGGAGGGUCCGCGAGGCCCGCCUCAAAGAUCUGCUGUCCCCCGGGCCACCCGCGAACCCGCUGGCGCCCGCCGCGUCCCCCCAGGAGCUGGACCUGGGCGCGCAGCGCGAGCGCUGGGAGACGUUCAGGAGGCUGCGGGGCCUCAGCUGCGAGGGCGCCGCCAAGGUCCUGCUGGACACCUUCGAGUACCCGGGCUUGGUGUACCACACCGGGGGCUGCCACUGCGGCGCGGUGCGGUUUGCGGCCUGGGCCCCCGCAGACCUGCGCGUGCUGGAUUGCAGCUGCAGGCUGUGCAAGAAGAAGCAGCACCGCCACUUCCUGGUCCCGGCCGCGCGCUUCACGCUCCUCCAGGGCGCGGAGAGCAUGGUCACCUACCGAUGCAACACGCACCCGGCGCUGCACAGCUUCUGCCGCAGGUGCGGGGUGCAGAGUUUCCACGCAGCUGUCUCUGACCCCCGGGUGUACGGCGUCGCCCCGCACUGCCUGGACGCCGGCACCGUGCGCAGCGUGGUCGUCGAGGAGGUCCACGGUGGCGAGCAGGAGGAGGAGGCCACCGAGGAGCACAAGACCACGCAGAACGCGUCCACCCAGGCAGCCCCUGCCUGUGCUCGGGAAAAGGAGCAGUGACUGGGGCCGAAACAGGCCCCCGGGCGCCCCUCCGGGGAAUCUCCGCAGUGCUUGUAAAAAAAUAUCGUGUGAAAGAGCUUUGUUUCUGAACUGUAAACCUGUUGUGUUGCUCUGAGCUUCUCUUCCAGUAUUUUCCCUUCCCCUCCCGUAAUUUGCACCAGACUCGCUUCUGAUCCAAAACCUGAACACACGUUUGUCUGUGUACAAUGAUAAUCUUGCAAUCCACUAAGCAAGGACCCUCUCUACUUUCUCAAGCCACCCUUUGUGUCACUCACUUUUACUAGUCUUCAUACAGUUCUCAAAAAUCACUUGCAGAUAGUACGUUUUUUGGUGCUAUCGUGUACAGGAUUGUUUCUAACAGUUGCACCUGGUGUUUAGCACAGGUCCAUCCAGUUUGGUAAACAUUAGGAUGUUUUCCACUGAUUACUCCGUGUGUGUGUGUGUGUGUGUGUGUGUGUGUGUGUGUGUGUGUAUGUGU